AUGGCUCGUAUCUCGCACGCCCUUGUCAUGGGUGUGAUGCUCGCCAUGACAGGCACCUUUGUCGCCGCCAAGCCGGUGGCUCAAGCGCCUCUCCAAGUCGAAGCAGCUCCGCUCGCUAAGCCAGAGACUGUCUACUUUUCGAUGCACGAGAAGCGCGCCGUCGACGAUGCGGCUUUUCCUGACGAGGACGUUGCCCACCCGACGAUCGAGAAGCGUCUGCUUGCAGCCGACGUCGAUCCUUCCGUUGGCGGUCUGCUGAACGCUCAUGCGGGCGUGGGUCUCAACGGUGGCGGAUAUCCCUACGGCGGCUACCCGUACGGUGGCUACCCGUACGAUGGCUACGUCUACCCUGGUUACGGCUACCCGUACCACCACCAUCCCUGGUAUCCUCAUGCGGGAACGGGUGUCGACGCUCAGGUUGACGUUGGUGGGCUCGGUGCUGGCGGCAACGCUCAAGUUGGCGCCGGUCUUGGUGGGGGCGCUGGCAUUGGCGGUCACGCUGGUGUGGGUGCCGGCGUCGGCGGUGGUGCUGAUGUUGGUGGGGGUGCUGGCAUCGGCGGGGAUGCUGGCGUCGGCGGUAGCGCUGGUGUUGGAGGUGGUCUUAGAGGUGGUGCUGGCGUUGUUGGCGCUGGCGGUAUCGGCGGUUAUCCCGGCUACUAUGGACCCCAUGGUGGUCACGGCAGCCGAGACGGACCUGGUGGACCUAGCGGCCCCGGCACACCUCCACACUACCCUCCUCCUUACGGCAGCGAACCUCCUCACCACCUCCACUAUCACGGCGGUCAAGGUGGCACUGUUGCGCCUCCUCCUGGUGUUGGCUACGGAGGUCACGGCAUAUACGGUACUCCCCCUCCUUUUCCUCCUCCCCCUCCUCGUCCUCCCCAUGGCUACGGCAGCCACGAUGGAGGCAACGGAGGCAAUGGUGGCAACGGAGGCUCUGGAGCCCAUGGCGGUAAAGGUGGCAAUGGCGGUAACGGCGGCAAAGGUAGCAACGGUGGUAAGGGCGGCAAUGGUGGUACGGGUGGUGACGGCGGAGACAGCGACAAUGGAGCGUGCGAUGCUGCUGCAGGCCAUUAA